AUGGGUCAGGCGGACUUUUCAAGACAGUACAACAUAAGCUACAUUACAAGAUACAACAGAAUGAGAGAGUUGAUAAUGAGCAACCCAUCCAUUUCAGAGUACAGUCUUCCUCUCAAAAAGCUAGGCGAUGAUAUUUUUGAGGAAUGCAUUGUAAUUGCUAUUCUUGUUCUCGACUCAAAACUCAAGUUUUCGAUUUUGCAAAUGAACGAUCCAAAUGUAGAAAGCUAUGUUCCGAACAGCCAGCUGUACAUCGAAGACUUUUCGGGCAAGCUGCCCAUUGUAUUUUCACAAUCAUUUAACAAGCUCUCUUUAUUGUGCACAGGCACCGUAUUGGGAUUUGUAGGAUGCAAAAUUGAAACGAACGUCUUCGUCUGCACCGAUGUAAUAUUUCCAAAGCCCGUUGAAGUACCCGCAAAUGCAUCCAUUCGGAACUCCACGGAUGCCAAUAUUAAGAGCGAUGGUAGACCUGCCAAAUCAACUGUAGAAAAUGUGCUUCUUAUGAGUAACAUUGUGCUAAAUCAUUCAAAUUUUGAAAAAUGCAAGGCAAUGGUCGACUACUUUUACAAGAAAGUUAGUAGCAUUGUCGUAUUUGGCGAUAUCUACACAGAAUCCAAUAGAGAGCCGGAUUUCUCCGAUUUUAAUAAUAUUUUUAAUGAACUAAAUGAUUUCAAGGGCCAGAUAGUACUCGUUCCGGGACCCAACGAUCCAACGACGAAGAUGCUUCCACAGAAUCCGCUUCAUCAGCUAUUCUUUGAUCAAAGGCUCUCAACAUGUUUGAGAAACUUGUCACACCCCGCCCAAGAAACUGUUUGCGGAAAGAAGGUUGUGUUUAUGAACAACCAAAUAUUAAACGAUCUAAGGAAGUAUACCAUGAACAUAGUAGCUGGCCCUCAAACACCAAUUGUACUUGGGGAUGCUGACAUUCUGGAGCAGCUAAUCAGGAUAAGACUGAUUGCUCCAAAUUGUCCUGACACAGUUGGUUCCACGCCAUUUUUCGAACACGAUCCAUUUUUAAUCGACGAUUGUAACUAUUUGGUUUGCGGAGGAUGCAAAGAAUUUCAAAUCAAAAGGGUCGGAAAAAUAGUUGCUGUUUGCAUACCGGAUUUUUCAAAGAGCCACUCGGCAGUGCUUGCUGACUUUUCCAGCGACAGUUUCACAGAAAUAGUACUGGAUCUUUAG